UUUAUUCCGUAGAUGACUCAAUAUAUAGAAGUAAUAAGAAAAUGAGUUUCAAACUAACGCUUCUGCUUCUACUUCUACUUGUCUUGAGUCAUCAUGCUGAUUCUGGCUCUAUCGUCAAGUUUCUUCCGGGUUUUGAAGGCCCUCUUCCCUUCGAGCUUGAAACCGGGUACAUCGGUAUUGGUGAGGAAGAGGAAGUACAAAUGUUCUACUACUUCAUCAAAUCUGAGAGGAAUCCAAAAGAAGACCCUCUUCUUAUAUGGUUAAAUGGAGGACCUGGAUGCUCUUCUCUCGAAGGCCUUCUUUUUGAGAAUGGACCUGUGGCUUUGAAGUUCGAGGUUUACAAUGGAAGUCUCGUUUCUUUGGUCUCUACUACAUAUUCAUGGACACAGGUGGCGAAUAUAAUAUACUUGGAUCAGCCUGUUGGAGCUGGCUUCUCCUACUCAAGAACUCCACUGGGUAAAACUAGUGACACAAAUGAAGCCAAAAUGAUCCAUCAGUUUCUUCAAAAGUGGCUAAGCAAGCAUCCUCAGUUUUCAUCCAACCCAUUUUACGUUACUGGAGAUUCUUAUUCUGGGAAAACUAUUCCGGCACUCGUUCAAGAAAUCUCAAAAGGAAAUUAUAUAUGUUGCAAGCCUCCAAUAAAUCUACAGGGGUAUGUGCUCGGAAACCCAGUAACAUAUCCUGAAUUCGAAGAAAAUUAUCGUAUUCCAUUUUCUCAUGGAAUGGCAUUAAUCUCUGAUGAACUCUACGAGUCAUUGAAGAGAAAUUGCAAAGGAAAUUAUGGAAAUGUUGAUCAACGUAACAGAAUGUGUUUGACACAUGUUGAAGAGUACCACAAGAGCACUGACAAAAUAAAUACACAACAUAUAUUGUUACCAGAUUGCGAUAACAAAAGUCAUACAGAAAAAACAUCUCCUGAUUGCUAUUAUUAUCUGUAUUAUCUCAUUGAAUGCUGGGCCAACAACAACAGAGUUCGCGAAGCUCUUCAUGUUAAAAAGGUGUAUGCCAACUUUGGUGUAAGAUUAUUGAUGAUUUAAAGAAAGUUAAUAAAAUCUAAAAAUUUUACGAUCUGUGAAUACAGGGGACUAAGGGACACUGGCAGCGAUGUAACUGGACUAUUCCAUACGAUAGCGACAUUAUUAGCAGCGUACCAUAUCAUAUGAAUAACAGCAUCAGCGGAUACCGGUCUCUUAUUUAUAGGUUUGAAUUAACAACAUUUUUUUGGACAACAAAACCAAAUCAAAAUUGAAAACUAGAAUACACAUCAAUACAAACUAAAUUAUAAAUUGUUUUUGUUUGGUUUAGUUUUUACAAAACCGAAGAUCA